UCCUAUGUACGGGAAGCGUUAUAUAUUCAGGCUCCCAGUUGCGGCAUCGCUUCACGCAGUUGCAUUUCGAUUAUUGCGCAUCGUGGAAACUCCUGUGAACCAUUGGAACGUGUUUUCCCUCGACGGAAGUUGGGAUUAUCGUGGAAAUCGAUUUUCGAAACGAUGUCGCCUGUUUUGCUCUUGAUCGUAGUGAUUGUUGGGACACACGCGAUGCCUGUAACGCUACCUGAGGAUUCGAUUAAUAAAAUCGAUCAAGGGACGAUAAGAGAAGAAAAGAUCGCGAAUGAAGACUCAGGUGACCCGACAGUUUUCGAACACGUAAUUGAAAAUUCUGAGACCAACAACACGACCAAACCAAGCCUACUCGCCUGGUUUCUCACGCCAUUGACUCAGAAUCUGCAGAUCAACCCCCAAACUCUGCAGAACCGUGUCAUUCAGCUCAAGGAAGCGCUGAAGAAUUUUGGACUUGGAAAUCGUAACGACUCGAAAGGAAAGCAAUUGAAUAACGCAAACAAUUUGCUACAUGUCGCGAGUGUAAGCGAUUCUGGCUUUUACACGGAUAGAUUGGAACCAGCUGGAUUCUUCGGUGGAAAUGGCUGGCUGGCGAAUAAAGGUGGGAUCUUAGGUCGUCCUGGAGCGAUUCUCUCUACUGGUAGCAUCCUCACAGAUUAUCCAUCGGCGUAUAGAAGAAAAUAGACGAAUUUUCAGAAAGAUAUUCCUUCGAGUUUGAUGAGGGAUUAGUGAACUUCGUAGCAUGUCAGAGAGAGAGAGAUCGCAACGUAUUUUAUUUUAUAUUUGAUCGAGGGAAAUUAACACAGAUGAGUUAUGUGCAAUGUCUUUAAUUUAACGUUAUUUCUCAUUUAUUUGGAAAUUAGAGAUAAGAUUUAUGUUGCCGUGUUAAUUGAAAUAAGCGUAUCUGUUCAGAAAGUGGUUUGGGGAAAAGUGACUUUUAAGUGUUUGACAAUCAGCCGUUGAUUUCACAUACGUCCGAAAUAUGAACCGUUAUAUCUUCAACAUAGAUACCGCUUUUUUAUUAAAUAUACACAUAGAUAGAUGAUCUUUGCGCUACCCGACAGCAAUGAUUCGAUUUAAACGAAAAUUGCAGAUAAGCCCUUUCGACUUAACACGGCGGAAUGAUUAACCCAAUUUUUACAUUUUGUAUACUGUAAAUGUAAUAUUCUAAUUUUUAAAGGAAUAGUCACUCUAUUACAAGAGUGUUGUAGCCUGAACAAUAGGUACUUUCAUAAAUUUUUAGAAUAAUACAUAAUCACGUUCCUGGAAGGAUAGUAAACGCAUGUACGCUAGGAGAAUAGUGCGAAUUGAUAGUAGUUUUAUGUUGUUUUUUAUACUAGAGGAGGAUCUUAGAUCCGUGAGAUAGUAUGAACAUAUAUAUAGUAAUGUAUCAGCAACCAUUGUUAAAUAAAAAUUUUAUAAUUUUCUGAUUA